AUGUAUGAAAGUAGAGAUGAGUUACCUUCAAAAAAUAUAUACGAUACGUUAGAAAAAGGAGUAGGAGGAAAAUGGUGUACUUUUCGAGGGGGAGAAAAACAGAAGAAACCCAGUGAACUGGAAGGACAACUGAAAAUAUCAUUAUCGCCAUACAAUGGGUAUGAUUGGGAGUUGAUCACAAUAAUUUCAAGUAACUACUGUUCCGUAUGUAACGAUGGGAAGGGAGGGUUAGAGGAUCUCUCUGAUGAUGAUCGUUAUAGCUUCUUUUAUUAUUGGUUAGGUACUAAAGUAAACGGGAGAUUUAAUGUUUCCGACUUUCGGGCGAUUAUGACGAAAAUUUAUGAGAAGCUGAAGGAAUUCGAUUCUAAAUGUAAGUGUACUAAUAUAUACAAUGGUAUUAGUAAAGACAGGUUCCAAAAGUCUAAGGAGGUAUUCGACUACUACUAUAACUAUAAGAAAUUAAAAGGGAACAAUGAGGAGUGUCGUUAUUAUUGCGGAAAUAAUGAAUGUGAUGCUCCCUUCAAGGCAGCUUCAACAGCAUAUUCGGAGUUAACUUCAACUUGCAAAAACGAGGGUGGAGAAUCAUAUUGUGAAGUAUUCAAAACGAAAAGAAAUCAAAGAGAAUAUGGGCAACCACAGCAAUUAGAUUGCUCUGCACCACGACCACAAGCUGUAGAAACGUCAACAUCAUCGUCAGGACUACCACAGGUAACGGAAGUUUCAAUUAAAUUACCUUCAGAAUUGGAGUAUAGUGGCUUUGAUACAAGAAAUCAUUGUACAGAAAGCCGUGGGAAGGAUCUAUACUGUAGUCUAGACUUAAAGGAAAAAGUAAAGGUAGCAUUAAGCACGUGGAAUAACGAUGAAAAUUUGGCCCCCAGAAUCGUAAGCAACUAUUAUCAUGCAUGUAACAAAGAGAAGGGAAAAGAGGACACCGCAACCUACUAUGAUCCUUGCAAAUUCCUAUUCUUCUGGAUUGGGGACAAAAUAAAGGAUAAAUUUCGGGAAAAAAUCCAAUUGUCACCGCUUAUGGGGGCAAUUUAUAAAGCACUGGAAGAAUUGCCAUUCAGCAAUACACCUAAGAGGAAGUGCACUCCUAUAUACUCUAGUAUUACCAAAGACAGAUUCCCAGAGGCUAAAAUACUAUUUGAUUAUUAUUACGACUAUAAUAAAAUACAGAAUGGUCGGGUGUAUAGUAAUUAUCCAUGCAAUGACAAAUAUAAGAGUUCCUAUGAGAAAGCUGAAACAACAUAUGGGAAAGUAAAACAAGAGUGCAUGAGCACUUCCGGAGAUCCAUAUUGUACAAAAUUUAAUGAGGGAAAGAGCAAGGAGGACGGGGAAUAUGCGCCACCACAUAAAUUACCAGAACAAACAUGCCCCCAACCCCUGGCACGUACAGACCAAACUGACCACGAGGACAGAAGAGGUAAGCACAGAAUAAAACUACCUUAA